UGCAAGUUGAACCACGAUCCUCUCUGGUCUCAUCAGUUGUCGUUGGACACGCGCUGCGGUUUGUCUUCCAACACCUCCAUUUGCUCCUCUUCUCGAUUUAUCUAUCAAUUCGGUUCACCACGGACCGAUUAUCGAGAUGGGAUCGUUCACUCCUUUGUGGACAAACAUUUGAUUCGUUCUCUUUUCUUUAAUCUCACAGAGAUACAGGCAAGGUGAUUUUAUAUUUAACGAUCCUCGAGUUAUAAUUGUGUUCCCCUUCCCUCCCCCCUGUGUAGUGUAUCGUUUUUGCAAUUUUUCUUCGAUCUCUCGGAUGUGAUAGUGCUCGGUGGACAAAGUUCUAUGCGAGUGAAAUUGUACGACGAACGUUGUUUAAAAUUGCUCGAUGAUUGUGUGAAAGUUUAAAAAUAUGUAAGACCGCCUUAGGAACGGUUGAACGAAUGUUGUAAAACUAGGAAUUGUCGGCACAUAAAGAUUAGACAUGUGGAAUCGCAAGGUAUUCAUCAGGAUUAUCGAAGUGAUACUGUGCAUUGCCUGCGUGGUGGCACUGAGGGUAACCGAUGACGAGAGUCGAAGGGUGUUUCAUUACCUGAGAAGCCGAAGCAGAGAAUGGUCUCUGUUGAACAACGUUACAUGGGGCGCGAUAGGAAAUAUUCUUCCUCGGACUCGGAGUGAUUCUUUUCGCUAUCGUCGGCGCUUUGUCUAUGGCAUCCAUUGAAAACGUCCCUGACGAUUUGAUAGACAAUGCCGCGGUUUUUGGGGCACUGUGCCUGCUAACAGCGUUGGUCUUCAUCGCUGAUCUGUUAAUAAGCGCGCCAAAGAAGAAGGACAAACACGACAUGACGAAACUUCUGACCGACAAAAAAGCUAAACGACAGAUAACUUUAACCACCGAGAAGGAAUCUAAAUCUCCGAAGGUCAGUAGCCCCGGGGUCUCCAAAAAGGACGACAGCGGCACCGUGAACGAUAGUUUCGAAAAAGUGGACGAGAAGCAUCAAAAGAGCUCAGCCAAAGAACAGUCUGAAGAGGCUAGGAAACGGGACGGCGAAGAUCGCAUCCAGCGUCCGAAGGAUACGCACGAGGUCGAAGAGACUGACGAUUUCAAUCGAGAGGCGAAAGAGUAUACUCAGAAUUUUGAAAAUGGGAAAGCUCUCAGAGACUCGCAAAUGUAUCGAGACUCCGAGAUACAAAGGGCGACGAGCAGGGACAAUUCUUACAACAUGGGCCACAGAAUGGAAAUGCCCAGAGUGGUCUACAAGGUUCAGGAUAUUUAUCAACGUCCAGCGGAUGAAAUCGACACACCUCGCUUUCCGGUCGAGUCGAACCGCAGAAGUGAAAGUAUGUUCGCGAAGAUCGUGAACCCUAGUGUGAAGAUCAUGAAAGUUGAACGCGAUGUGGAUGAAGCUAUCGAUGGUUACAGAUAUUCUGACACCAGUCAGUAUGACAACGUGCCAAUUCGAAUGAGAAGCACAUCGCCAAUGGGUCAGAAGAAAAGUCGUGACGUUUCUUUCAAUGUUCCGCCGCCACCGAUGCAUUAUGGGAAAGAAUUCGACGAGAAGAAAGACGAGAUCGAAAUGCUGGAAGAAUGCUUCACCUCGCUUCGAACAGCGAGCACAGGAACCCAGACGCCUAAUAUUCGAACACCUUCGUCAGCUAUUGAUCCUGGAUAUGUGAAACAUACCGCCAGUAAUUGGCCCCAGGAAUCGAGAAUGAAAACGCCUGGCUCGAGUCCAAAUCGUGCGAGAAAUUGAUACGCAAUGCACAGAAAGUAACAAUUAACUUGUUACACGAUUUCUCAAUUUUCUGACUUUGCGCGCUCGAAUUAAACGUUUGAGUGUUUCAAAGAAAGAUUUGAAAGCCAUUCUUGUAAGGCACGAACAUUAACAAAGAAAUGCAAGAACAAUUUCUACUUUCUUUCUGUUUGAGUUCUUUCUCACUGUGGCUCUUUUCUUUAUUUUUAACAAAAUAGUAAUAAUUUUCAAGCUCGAAAAAUUGAAUUUUUAUCAUUAUUACUGUUAUUGUUUACUGCCUUUUCUUUACAGUAAAUAUACCAUGUAUGUGUAUGUUCUUGAAAUGGAAAGGAGACGAAGAAAAUUGAGAGGCACGUAAUGAUUUUUGUAUAAGUAGAAACUUUUUAAUAUAACGUUUUUAACAUUUCCGUUCACAUCGAUACGCAUACGUACAAUUAUUAAUAAUAAUGUCUCCUUGUGAUAAGCAUGUAACCGCAGUUUGUUAGUCUCCAUCAGAACGUGUUCGUUAAAGGUAUUAGCAUUUAAAUGGAUUUACACUAACUUUUACGUAUACCAUAUUGUUUCUUUUUCUUAUAUAUUUUUAUAUAAAUAAAUCGAUCCUAUCCAAUGUCGUGACACGUUAUUUAUUUUCCUCGUUGUUCGUGAUGAUCGACAAUUUCUUCGAUUAUUAAACAAACGAAAAGAAAACUGUCCUCACUGGGGACUGAAAGAAAAAGAAACUAACCGGAAGACGCAACAGCCAUAGAGAGUAUCGCGCCCUGUCAUCGAAAUCUUAUUGAAAAGCUUCUGGCUCGAUAUUUUUCAUUUUACAGAACCGCCAUCUUCUCGUUCAGCUUUUCACACAGUUCUCUCUUUCUCUAGACGUUUCUAAAUGCGUAUUUACAGAGUUGAGAAUAAUUGUUUAGAUACUUUGAGCAUUCGUUUCUCUUCUUCAUCUUUUUCUUCCCCUCUUCAAUAUAUCAACGAUAUAUAUAUAUAUAUAUA